AUGACUUCAUCUGGUCUCUCCUCUCACACAGAUACUGUGGCAUUAUGCAGUGAUGUUGUUAGGGAUGAUGCAGAUGUGCAGAUCGAGUCCAAACAAGACUCCGUCCUGAGCGUCCAGACCCCUGACAGGACCUAUCAGAUGAAGCUAACGCCUGCUGUGAGUCUGGUGGAGACGUCGUGCCAGAGGAGUCCUGGAAACACUCAACACGGAUCACACUUCAGACUGCGGCUCAAGGUGGAGCAGCCGACAGAAGCUCCUUGCAGUGUGAUUGGACAGCUGCGGGUCAAUGUGACGUACUCCUUCCUGUGCCAAUCUUGUGACUCCAUGGUGCUUCAAGACAGGGCUUUUGGGCGAGUGCUUCCUUUGCCCAAUGGAAACUGGAAUGCAUUAGUGGAUGACUGGUGCUGCCACCCGGAUCCCUUCGCAAAUAAGAAGCUGCUCCCGCGAGAUGGAGACUGUCUGCUCGGGGACACGUUUCUUCUGUUGGCUCGGGACAGCAGCUGUGAGCAAACCCUCGUACGGGAAGAGAAAUCACUUCAGAAAGCCUCUGCAGAGGUAAGCUGUGGACUGGGAGAGGCAGUCACUGCAGGGGUGAUGAAGUUUUACAUAACUGAAAUAUUAGUAAAGCCACAUGAUGAUGGAGAGUGUGAUAUAACACAGCUCAGUUUAGAGUCCGAGCCUAAUUCAGAAAGGCAGCGAUUCUUGGAGCAAGCUCUAGCGUCCCGCUUGGUCGAGCUGUCAUCCGCACAGAGUAUAUUUCGCUUUUCCAUCCAAACCCCUGAUGACAAAGCUGUGAUUUUGCUGUGGCUUCUGAACAUGGACUCUCUGGUCGCCUCAUUUCCCGACGCAGCAGCGAGGGCCGACAGCUUAAUCUCCGCAGACGACAAAGAGCAUCAGUCAUGCCGGGCCGUUAAAGCAGUCAAAGUGCUCUACAUCCUCUGCUCUGACAGCAAACUCAAAGAUGUUGUGGAUGUUUGGGAGAAGGACAUUAGUGUUCAUCCUCUGCCGCUCCCUCAGAGCUCAUGUGAGGAGCUCCAGAAGCUUCUGAUGUCCAGCACCUCUAGACUGCCUGCAUUCCUGCGCUGCAUGAACUCAUAUCAGGUCACAUACCGCUCUCACCACAUGCAUGACUGCUUGAUCAUUAUACUUCAUUAUUUUACGGCUCUUACACUGCACCGGUGUCACCCUGUCCUGUUCAUCGCUCAGAUCCUGAACGAGAGUCUCCACCCCUUCUCUCUCAUGAUGGAGAAGUUUCUGGUUCUAAGCGCGAGUCCCCCGUGUCUCAUUAGGAGCUCCACGCCACUGAAUCUAAAGGCCAAGCCUGCAGGCAAAGUCUGCGGUGAAUCCAGCUUUGUUAUGCAGCGGUUUGAGGGGUUUCUCUUUAACAGACAUCAUAAUGAAACAAACCUACAGUGUAAGCGGGGUGAAGUUAAACACGUCCUGGUCGGGUCGCAGAAGCACCAUAGUGAGAACUUUCCACUUCCUUACUUCAGCAAAUAA